AUGAACCUUGGAACUAAUACGCGUGUAGGCGGCGGAUCGGUCCUCCCCAGCAUCCACGGCACCGAAGCCUUUGCGCGCCAACAAGCCGCCAUGCUAGCUCUGGCUUCCACGCCUGACUCCUCUUUCGUCGAGGACAAUGAAGCGCAGAGGGAGAAGAUUGAAGAGGCCGCCCAGCAGGCGCAGAUCCAGGAGACGGCUCAACACCAACAACUACAACAACAAGAGGAUGAUGAGGUCACACGGGCGGACAUGGUCGAUGCGAUGAAUGGGCAGGGGGAUCAUACGAAUGAGACGGAGUUAGUGGAGGAGAAGGAGCCGGAGCAUGUGCAUGUGCAGAGUGCGGGGGUGGGGGAGGGCGGGGAGGCUGUUAUGGGGAGUAUAGAGGGGGUUGGCGGGGGGUUCUAG